CCAAGUCACUCCUCUCUGCUUAUCCUGCGCACCCCCACACCACCCGCGAUGAUGUCGCCGGCGGCCCCGUCGUCCAGUACCGCCGUCCUCCUCAUCAGAAUCUCCCGCUACCGGCGGCACUGAAGAAGCAAAACCCGAAACUAACCGAGAUCGAGCCCCCGGCCCCGCCCCCGACGGCUGGGGAUUUUUUGAAUUGGAUUUUUAGCAGCUCCCGCGAGCUCCGGCAAUGGAGGGACCGAAGAGCCAGUCGUCGGCCGUGCUCACCAGAUCGAAGUCGUCCCUCCUCCGCUCCUCCCCGACCGUCCGGUCCUCCAUCCACAGCCUCUCCUCCGUCGCCGAGGACGACUUGCUCCCUUCUCACCACCAGCCCCAGCACCAGCCGCAGCCGCAGCCGCAGCGCGACUCGGUCGACGAGGAGAAGGCGAGGAGGCGGGCCCCACGCCGGCCCGGCCCGACCGGAUCGAGCCGGUUCGGGCCGGCCCUCGCCCUGGCCUCCCUGGCCUUCUCCACCGUCUUCUUCGUCUGCUUCUUCAGUUCCAGGAGGGACGCGGCCCCGGCGACGACGGCCUCCGAGAACCUCCUCCUGGCCCUCAUCUUCGUCGCCGUCGCGCUCUUCUUCGUCUCCAGGAACAAGCCCCUCAUCGAGCGCAACCUGUCGACGAUCAAGCACCUGUACAGCCUCAACGCCAAGAGGCUAGGGUUCGCGCGGGGCAACGGGAGGGGCGUGCAGUGGUUCAUCGGCGGCGACUCGAGCGCCGGCGACGCCAAGGCCGCGAUCAGGGAGAAGAAGAAGAUAAUCCGCGAGGGAGUGGAGUUCUACAGCAAUGGGGAUUACUACGAGGGCGAGUUCCACAAGGGGAGGUGCAAUGGGAGCGGCGUGUACAAUUACUUCGUCAACGGGCGAUACGAAGGGGAUUGGAUCGACGGCAAGUACGAUGGGUACGGGAUCGAGAGCUGGGCUCGCGGUAGCCGCUACCGCGGGCAGUACCGGAACGGGCUGAGGCACGGGUUCGGCGUGUAUAGGUUUUACACGGGGGAUUCGUAUGCCGGAGAGUGGUGUAAUGGGCAGAGCCAUGGGGUUGGGGUGCAGAGUUGUGCUGAUGGGAGCUGCUAUGUUGGGGAAUUCAAGUGUGGGGUCAAGCAUGGACUUGGGUGUUACUAUUUCAGGAAUGGAGACAGAUAUGCUGGUGAAUAUUUUGGCGAUAAAAUUCAUGGAUUCGGUGUCUACCAUUUUGCCAAUGGCCAUUGCUACGAGGGUUCUUGGCACGAAGGUUCGAAGCAAGGCUAUGGAAUGUACACUUUCCGAAAUGGUUAUUCGAAAUGCGGUGAAUGGGACUCUGGUUCCCUCAAGAGCCCUUUACCCCCACUGACUGACACAGUUCUUCGAGCAAUUCAGGCUGCCAGAAAGGGAGCUGAAAAUGCAAUUCACCUCCGCCGAGUGGACGAACAGGUGAACAAGGCCAUCUUGGCUGCGAGUAGAGCUGCGACCGCUGCUAGAGUUGCCGCUGUGAAAGCUGUUCAGAACCGGAUGGACGGCAAGUUUUGUGACAUAGAAGCUUAACUGAGGGUGGCUUUUAAGGUUUUGUCUGAAAGUGUACAUUUGACUAAUCUUUAUGAUCACGGAAGUCGUCGCCCCGGCAAGCACAAGCUCGUCGGAGGUUGAGAUCUCCUCUUUUCUAUUGAUCACAAGAAUGUAACUUGUACAUAAGCGAUGUGUAUCAAUGAAAUGAGGAAUUUGUUUUU